CACCCACCACACGGCGUCGUUUGUUAUUGAAUAGAAUAAUUUUUGUACAGUUUCUUUCCACUGCUAUUUGUGCUAUCAUCACUGGCUCCCAUUGUAUCCAUCGGUGAAGAAACUCCUACAUAUAUCCACGAAGUUCUGCAAUUGGGGCUACGUGAUUGAUUCUGAAUCUGAAAACCUUCCACUUGGGAAAUGGGCGGAGGCAAUGGCCAGAAGGCYAGAAUGGCUCGGGAGAGGAACAUGGAGAAACAAAAGUCCUCCAGAGUUUUAGAGUUGAUUGGAAUAAUUUCCACAGGAAGUCAGCUGGAAACAAACAAGAAAGCCAUGACAAUACAGUGCAAGGUAUGCAUGCAGACGUUUAUAUGUACAACUACAGAGGUGAAGUGCAGAGAACAUGCAGAAGCAAGGCACCCGAAAUCUGAAUUAUAUGCCUGUUUUCCCCAUCUUAAGAAAUGAUCCCUAAACUUUAUCCCCCCUCUUCUCUUUUUGCACUAUUAAUACCAUAAUAGAAUCUACUAAAAAAGAUUCAAUGUUUCCACUCUGUUGGCUAUGAUUUUAAUUUAAAUAUCAGAAAUGGAGUCAAUGAGAUGUUAUUCAUGUUUGCUUGGGAGUUUUCUUA